AUGCCUCAGCGCGACCCAGGAUUGGCAAAAGAUUCUGACGUCUGGUCUUUUGUGCGAACCUUGUUGAAGAAAUCCAUCUCACAGUAUGGGGAAAAACCUUUGUUCAUUGAUGCGACGACGGACGAGAGAUUGUCUUAUUCCAAAUUUCUACACAACGUGAACAACUUGAUAACCAUUCUGAGAGACUGUUACGGAGUACGACGAGGGUCAGUAAUUGUUAUAUGUUCAAAUGACCUUUUCUAUUACGUCGCUGUGUUUGCUGCCAUGGCUUUGGGAGGCAUUGUUUAUCAAGUUCUUCUGGAUUUCGCUGAAGGGGGAAUUGAACGAUGCUUGACCGAGGAAGAACACGUGCCCGUUGUGUUUUGCGAUAAAAACACAUUUCCAAAAAUUGAGAGAUACUUGGAAAACAAUUCGGAAAGAUUUCCGGCAAGACCGAAGCUGUUGGUGUUUGACGAGCAUCCCGCUGGAAGCCAUCCGACAGUACGAGAAAUUCUCGAAAAUUCGGAAAACGCAGUCGUUGAUAUUCCGUCUCUGAAUCCGAAAGAUGUUUGCGCAGUUUUCAUGUCCAGUGGAACUACGGGACCUCCGAAGUCGGUUGAGCACACCCAUUAUUCUCUGCUUUCGUCGACAUACAACACACACGUUUUCUGCUCGGAGGAACAAAAAUAUGGCGACAGGCUUUAUCGCGGACUUUACAGCGGCAUCGGUUCUUUUUUCUUGGUACUCUCCACCAUAAUAGAACACGGAACGCACAUAACGUUCAGUUCCUUUCGUCAAGAAAUGUACUUGAAAGCAGUUGAAAAAUACAAGCCGAGUUUCCUCCCGCUGUUCCCUGUGGAUUUCAUGAUCUACGCAAAUAUGGACGAAGAUGAAUGGAAAAAGUACGAUUUAUCGUCCGUUAGAAUGAUUUCUAGUGGGGCUUCGGUUUUUCCCAGAGCUACCCGCGAGAAGGUCGAGAAGAUGUUCCCCAAUUUGGCCCUUCCUACUGUACAGUUUUACGGAGCAUCGGAGUUCAUUUUUGCAGCGAACUCCCGCAUACUGGGAAAAGCUUCAAACAAUGAGAACGGGGUUGGAUACCUUUGUCCAUCUGUUAAGUGCAAGGCAAGCAAAAUGAUGUUUAUCGAUAUAAUUGAACAUUUGACAGAUUCUGAUAUAAUGCCUAGAUUAUCCUUGCAGGUGAUCAGUGUGACAGAUGGACAACUUUUAGGACCGAAUGAAAGAGGAGAGAUUUUUAUUCAUACACCGUUCCUCGCGCAAGGAUACCGGAACCGACCGGAUCUGUAUGCCCAAGUGGUCACGGAUGAUGGCUGGUACAAAAGUGGUGAUUACGGGUAUUACAAUGACAAUCGAUGUUUGCUGGUUCUCGAUCGGAUCAAAGACUUGAUCCAUUUAAACAAUGGAGAAAUUGGCCAGGCGAAGCAACGUUGGGAUGAAAUGACUGACAGCGAUGAUUUGAAAGCCAAUGGUGUCGACAUCGGCCGGCAUUCCCCAUCAGACAGCGACUUGCCUUCAACUUCACCCUCCCUGAAUGCGGAAGAGACGAAUAGUCGGCAGAAUUGUAUUCUACGCUCCGUCCUCUCCUCUCCUGCUGUCAGAAGAGGAACUCGCGCAGAUGGAAAAGGUUUUGAGCAGUCAAUAGCCAAGAAGCGAAAGUUGGAAGCCAUUCUUCAUUCAAAUCCGAAAUUCGCCCGUGUUUAUGGCGAUACUCCUGGUCCCAGCAGUCUUUCUCCGGAAAGUUCUGUUCCUAGUCCCUGCAAAAAAGAGCCAAAGGAUGAUUUUGUUGCCGAGGAAGGCAUGGAUGACGACGAUGACGAAGAUGAUGAUGACAUGAACGGGGCUUACACUAAUGGAGGGGGUUCACCGUGUUCUAAUGAUGGAAUGGGGCAAGAGAUAGUUGUCAAUCCUGACGUAGAUCUCAACACGGUAUUCGCUCUUGUUCCCGGUCGCCUAUCCCUCCUGAGUAACAGCCCGAAGUACAAAGUGACCGUUGGGGAGGUGAAGAGAAGAUUAGAACAUCCGGAGUGCCUAAAUGUUUCGCUUCUAGGAUCGAUGCUACGUCGAGCGAAAGCUCGUAACGCUGGCAAAGAUUUGAGAAAUAAGCUGAGUCAGGUUGGGAUGGAAGUGCCAAAUGGUUGGAGACGCGCUUCCAAUCCCACCCUAUUGACAGCGUUGGUGGAAGGCGAAGCAGUUGUUCUUGCCAGAGAUUUCGGCAUAGUUUGCGAAUCCGACUUUCCUGGGGGACCAUUAGCGCAGUACCAUUUCGAAGAAUUAAUGAAAACCAAACCGUCCCAUGAAGAGUUAGUGAAACAAGUCGAUCUUCUCGUCGGUGCCAUCCGCGUUGUCGCACAGCUUCUCGACACGCUCAACAAGGAUUGCUCGAAGCUCGUUAACUCCAGUCCUCCUAUUAUUCUUCCUCAGUUUCUUCAAGUCCCUUUGGAAAAUUAUAACCGAUUAACGCACGGCUUCGGUGUAUCUGCGAUUCAAUCCUCGUUGAUGUCGACGCAGAAGUACAUGACUUCUUAUCUCAACAAAGUGAAGCAGAAGCUUGCUGGAACCGAACCUGUGCCUGAUACGGGGAACGGAAAGCGAAGCAUUGACUGA